GGCAAAGAAAAGCAAGGCAUUAAUCGGGGAAGACAUAAGCGCGGAUGAUCUGCUCCGGCGCCUCGAAAACUCGGGUCCUCAACGCAAGAGACGCAAACUGCAGGCCGAAAUAACAGAUGAAGAAGACAAUGAGUUGUUUUCGGGAUUCGAUGGCAAUGAAGAGGGCAGCGAGGAGGAAACGGAGCAUUCUCAUGGGAACGAAAUAACUGGUGAUGACUCUAGUGAUGCGAAGGACAAGACACCAGAAGGUCAUGGAGAUGAGGAAGAUGAAGAAGACUCCACAGCAGCAGCUCACUUAGUUACUGACAGGCCAGCUGCACAGGACUCGUCUCGAAUAUCUCUACAGUCAAAGCCUCGAAUACCGGAAAAGAAACCAACAUUACCUAGAUUCUCUGCACCGGGGUCAACAGCGUCAUUUGCAGAUCUUGGUGCUUCCAAGGCACUCGUUGCGUCGCUUGCAAGCAUGUCGAUUCGUUCCCCGACUGAAGUGCAAGCGGCGUGUAUUCCUCCCCUAUUAGCUGGUAUGGACUGUGUUGGUAAUGCGCAGACGGGUUCAGGGAAAACUAUCGCGUUCGCAUUACCUAUCCUACAGAAGCUAUCUUUCGAUCCCUAUGGAAUUUAUGCACUGGUUCUAACACCUACACGAGAGCUUGCAUUCCAGAUUUCGGAACAAUUUGCUGUCCUUGGUGCUCCCCUCAAUAUCCAAACGGCUGUGAUUGUCGGUGGCAUGGAUACGAUAGCGCAAGCACUUGAGCUAAACAAUCGUCCACACGUUGUCGUUGCAACUCCUGGGCGAAUCGUUGAUCAUCUCAAGAGCUCCAGUGGUGAAUGGGAUUUAUCGCGUGUUAAAUUCCUGGUGCUUGAUGAAGCCGAUCGACUGCUUACCCCGACCUUUGCCCCGGAAUUGGAAUAUCUAUUCAAGAUUCUUCCAAGAGAGAGACAGACCUGCCUUUUCACAGCAACAAUGACAGAGUCCAUAGAAACCCUGAUCACGGCUCCUCCCCGACCAGGGAAACGGAAGCCGUUCGUACAUCGGAUGACUGCCAAGGUAGAAACGGUAGAAACACUCGAGCAAUUCUACCUCCUGGUUCCAUCACACGUCCGAGAGCCCUACUUAUUCCAUCUCCUCUGUAAUCCUCCAGAGAGCAUCGUUCAUAUGCGAUGCACACCUCCGGAACCCGUGAAACCGUCCAAAAAAGCUAAAUCCAAGUCUUCUUCCAAGACCCGUAAAGCCGAAGACCCGGAUGCAAUAGAACAACCCCCUCCGACGAUGAUAUUCUGUGCACGGGCGCGAACAGCUGCAUAUCUCGCAACGCUACUACAAACACUUGGUAUUCGAAGUACUGCAUUGCAUUCCCGCCUCACGCAACGAGCGCGUCUGACUGCACUCGGUUUAUUCCGCGCACGCGUUGUACCAGUACUCGUAUGUACAGAUGUCGGUGCACGUGGACUGGACGUCGACGACGUCGCACUGGUCGUGAACUGGGAUAUGCCACAAGAGCCCGAAGAAUACACACAUCGCGUCGGCCGAACAGCACGGCGCGGGCGGACCGGUCUCGCCAUGAGCUUCGUAACGGAGCGGGACGAACAACGUGUGAUUCGGAUAGAGGAACGUAUUAAGACGAAUCUGCAGGAAAUGACUCUGCCGGAAGGGAAAGUGCUCGAAAAGUUGAAUGCUGUCUCCACCGCUAAGCGGCUUGCGAACAUGGAACUGCAUGAUUCAGACUUCGGGAAGCGGGAGGAGAUCCACAAGAUUAAGCAGGCAAAAAGGGAGCGUGUCAGUACGCUAAGGUCCUCCAGCUGAUUAGUAUCACACGGGGCGAAACAGUAUAAAGUAUCCGAGAUCAAUUCCGAGGCUAACUACUGCACAAUAUGUACUACCGGCCCAACUCAAGACCGACGAUAUAGACUUGGUAUAAUUGCAGUCCAGACUUUGUCGCAAACAGCCGCGCUUAUAUGCUGUGCUUGCCGACUGAAUCCGUAUAACCUACACCACACUUACAAUGUAAUUGUAAAUGAUGGAUCAGCAUAGGCGUCUUCAAUUCAUUGGCAAGAGCACUUGCAGGACGGCACAAAGAUUUUGGGG